UAUUGUCUGGCGAGGACAGCGACGUCCUGUGUUGGGGGUAGUGCGGUGUGGCCGUAAUUUACGGCGCCUGUCCGGUGAUUAGGUGAAUUUAGGCCACUUUCAUAUUGGCCCUGUUCACAUUUUUCACCGCAGGCAUAAGAGGGACUAGGAAUGGCUUGCUUGCUCACUUUGAAGGCAGAAAUAAAGACUCUCGAACAUGUGUUUCCGAAAACUCACGAGAGGUUCCAGGUGCUAAGUGCCAGUGUAGAUGAACUUACGUGCCGUGUCAUUGGAAGGCAUGGAAAGAAGCAUGAUAUUCAUGCCCAUAUCACGGAGACGUACUCGCGGACGCCACCGGUCUGGUUCGCCGACACGGAGGACCCUGUGAUAACCAACGCCCUGCACACGCUCUCGACAACGUCCGGGGCCGACAAUCACAUCCUGUCGCAGACGAAGCUGCUGCUGGAGCUGGUGUGCCCGGCGCUGGGCGUGUCGACGCCGCCCGACCUGGAGCGGCUGCUGCGCGUCACAUUCGCCCAGUUCUCCCAGAGCGGCCGGCUCCGGCACGGCUCGCCCAGCAGCGCCGACGCCGCCGCCGCCUCCGCCGACGACGGCUUCGACGAGGACGACGACGAGGAGGAGGAGGACGAGGACGAGGACGAUCUGGAGCCCGAUGAGGAUAUGGACGAGAUGCACAUAGAGAUGGAGGAGCCCACCGCCGGCGAUAAGGACCCGGACAAGGAGCUGUGUCCGGAGCACCAGCUGGCGCUGGAGCGUCUGCGACAGCACCACUCACGGGAGCUGACGCGCGGGCCCACCACCGGCGGCAGCGUGCAGGCCACAGACCGGCUGAUGAAGGAGCUGCGCGAUAUCUACAGAUCGGACAGCUUUAAGAGCGGCUCGUUCAAGGUGGACCUGCAGAACGACAGUCUGUACGACUGGAACGUCAAGAUCUACAAGGUGGACCCGGACUCGCACUUAUACAGCGACCUGCGCCAGCUCAAGGACAAGGAGGGCAUCGACCACAUCCUGCUGAACCUGGUGUUCGAGGACAACUACCCGUUCGAGCCUCCGUUCGUGCGCGUCGUGUAUCCGGUGAUGCAGAACGGCUACGUGCUGCUGGGAGGCGCACUCUGCAUGGAGCUGCUGACCAAGCAGGGCUGGACGUCGGCCUACACGGUGGAGGCCAUCAUCAUGCAGAUCACCGCCACCCUGGUCAAAGGCAAGGCGCGCAUCAACCAGGGCGCCUACAAGGGACAGUACAGCCUAUCCAGAGCCAAGCAGUCUUUCAAGUCCUUAGUUCAGAUCCACGAGAAGAACGGCUGGUUCACGCCCCCCAAGGCGGACGGCUAACGGGGCGGCGGCCGGUCCCGCCCGCGGACCCGGCGAGAUCUCCUCCGUGGCGGCCCGCCCGCGCCCGGCCGCGCCGCCUCGUCCGGCGCCGGCGCGCUGACCUCAUUA